AUGAUGAACACCAACUCGAUGUCGCCAACAAGUACCGACGUCGACUUCUCCUUCGGCCCCAUGCAGCCCUACGUCGGCUUCGAUGCCGCCGGCAUGGCCAUGCCAGGCGUCGUCAAGAGGCCGCUACUGCAGCACAACAACAACCACAACAACCUAGGAGUAUACGACAGCUUCGACUUCGCUGCCGCGGGGUUACCGUUCCAAGAAUCUGGUCUCCUGCCGCCCGCCGCGAGCCUGCCGCUGGCACCGCCGCCGCCAAGCAUGGCCGCCAUGGCGGCGAUGCCGCCGUCGCUGCUGCUGACGCUCCCUGGCGGCGUGCCUAUGGCGGCGGAUGUCGUCUACCCCUUUGGCGCCGGCGCGGGAGGGUUCCUGAAUCGGGAGGACGCUGGCGGCCCCCUCGUGGACGCUGGCGGCGGCGGCGGCGGCGGGAGGAUCGGCCUGAACCUCGGACGCCGCACCUACUUCUCCCCCGCGGACGUGCUCGCCGUGGACCGGCUGCUAAUGCGGUCGCGGCUCGGCGGCGGCGGCGUGGGCGUGGGCAUGGGCAUGGGACUCGGCAUGGGCGUGCUGGGGCUCGGGCUCGGCGCCGCCCACCACCACCACCAGCCGCCGCGGUGCCAGGCCGAGGGCUGCAAGGCCGACCUCUCCGCCGCCAAGCACUACCACCGCCGCCACAAGGUCUGCGAGUACCACGCCAAGGCCGGCGCCGUCGCCGCCGCCGGCAAGCAGCAGCGCUUCUGCCAGCAAUGCAGCAGAUUUCAUGUGCUUGCUGAGUUUGAUGAGGCCAAGAGGAGCUGCCGGAAGCGGCUCACCGAGCACAACCGCCGCCGCCGGAAGCCCAUCAGCGCACAGGACAAGGACUCGUCGCCGCCACCACCAAAGAAAGCGGAUAUUUGCAUAACUACCUCAUACAGUAAUGAUCUCAAGACAGCAGGUGCGAGCAGCACGGCAGCAGCCAAGUCGACGGCCAUCUCUCCGAACGGCAGCGGCGUCAGCUGCCUCGACGUCAUGGACAACGGCCAGACGAGCAGCGCGGCGGCGGCGGCAGGGGUGGCGCCGACGGCCCUGUCUCUGGCCGCGCCGCCGCUGCACGAGAAGGACGGCAGCCUGGACUCCAUGCUGAUGCAGCGGGACGACGACGACGAAGAGCAUCGCCACUUCAUCACCUCGCUUGUGAUGCAGACCCAGCAGCAGCAGCACCACAGCGGCAACGCCCACGGCGGAGGCGGCGGCAACAUCUUGUCGUGCUCGUCGGUGUCAGAUCAGCAGCAGAACGGCGGCUGCAACGGUUUCUUUGAGGUGGACUUCAUCUAG